GUAAUCGUGAGAGGUACAGUGCCGCCUUCGCCCUUUUAAAGAUAGCUGUCAAAUAUUUUCGGAGGAAGUUCUUUCACUUCGUUGCAAGAGAUAUUGUUUUUGCACCGUUUUGCAAGUCAAGGCACUGUUUAGGCAACAACGCUGGCCUCAAAAGGCCAAGAAAAGACCUACCUUGCCUAAAAGCUUCGACAAACAGCUUUGUUUUGCUGCAGCUGAAACGGCGUCGGUGACCGACCGACCAGCCGAAGGUGUAGAAGAGAACGUGCAAGCUGUUGUCAACGCAGGCAAGCAUCUUGGAAAUUUUUCCCCUUGUUUGAUAUUUGGUGCUAGUGAUCAAACAAAACAAGUACAAAGGCUGCUUUCCUAUCGUUGGUGGCGUUAUAGCAACCGGGGGCGCUUGUGAUUCUAGGAGCUAGGUUAUUUCAAAUACGGAAUUAACAAUAUGGCAUCUAGUAUUGGUUCGGUUUCCACCGGCACUAAAAAGUCUUCGACAACGGCUACUGGACAGACGGCAGCCACGGGAAGGAAAAAAUCGGGUCCAAAAUUCGAACUAUCCGACGAACAGAGGCAAGAUAUAAAAGAAGCGUUUGAUUUAUUCGAUUCCGAAGGGACUGGAAUGAUCGAUACCAAGGAGUUAAAGGUCGCAAUCCGAGCUUUAGGAUUUGAGCCAAAAAAGGAAGAAAUCAAAAAAAUGAUUGCCGAAAUCGAUAAGGAUAGUACUGGAAAAAUUUCCUUCGAAGACUUUCUAUCACUGAUGACUGUUAAAAUGGCUGAAAAAGACUCCAAAGAAGAGAUUUUGAAAGCAUUCCGAUUGUUUGACGAUGACGAGACUGGCACCAUUUCGUUUAAGAAUCUAAAGCGGGUUGCCAAAGAAUUGGGUGAAAAUCUGACCGACGAGGAGCUGCAAGAAAUGAUAGAUGAAGCGGAUCGAGACGGAGACGGGGAAGUUAAUCAAGAAGAAUUUUUGAGGAUUAUGAAAAAAACUAGUCUCUACUAAGCCCAGGAGGAUGCGUACAUCUAGUUCUAAUACAGUACCUAAUAGAAAACUGCAACAAAAAUAUGUAUUUUUGCUAUCUAGUUAGAGCGCUGAUAAGUUAUGCUAUACAUUUAUAUAAGAGCACUACAAUAAACCAGUGAUGCACUGUUCUAUA